UAGGGUGUCUAGGGUGUCUAGGACAGGGCAGGGUAGGGUAGGUGGUUCGGGUGGGCUCCCGACCGAUCUUGUUGAUGGCGUUGGUUGAUGGGGUGCUUGGCUAACUGGCUUAACUAAUGGGCAUGGGCAUAUGUGAGAGAGAGAGAGAGAGAGAGAGAGAGAGAGAGAGAAAGUGUGUGGGUGUGAGAGGGUGGGUGAGACGACGCACGCACGUCAUGCACGCCUCGCUCUUGCUCGCGCCCUUACUGUUCUGCCUGUUUCGUUACCUGCUUUACCACGUACUUACGUGCUUGCUGGGGGAGGGCAGAGACACGAGGCAAGCAAGCAAGCAGGCACGAACUACCGAGUUCGCAGCGAGGGGCGCGGUGCGUGCGGGUUUGAGUGGGUACGUUUUGCAAGUGGGUUGUGGGUUGUGGGUGAGCAGGUUUGUGUGUACCUAGGCACAGUGUGUGAGAUGGGAUGGGACGAAGUACCGAGACAGUGGACGGACGGACGGGGGACGGGUGGUGCGCAAAAGGUGGGUGGGCAAGCGGGCGGAAGGGCGAAUCGCGUAAGGGUGCGCGAGGGGCGGGCGGGCGUAGCUGUCCUGUA